UUCAAUUUAUGCAGUCGUGUUAUAAUUGUACAAUUGUUAUUCUGGACUGGCAGAAUCUCUCUGUCUCUCUAUUUACAUACACAAACACACCAUACAUUGGAAAACAAAUGUAAUGUUGUACUCCAUCAUCUGGUUAUUUAUUCCGUGUCUGUCUGAUUUUGUUGAUUUAUUAUGGCUAUUUUUGUGUCAUAUCUUUGACACCUGAAAGAUAUUGUACACAUACAUUAGCGAAGGGAGCGUAAAAAUCCUCAAUAAAGCAAUUGUUUCAUUUCAGUUUGGUUUUCCUAAUAGGUGGACCUGGCCGAUGGAGUAUCAGGGAAACACAGGACCACCUCCACAGAUUCCAGUCUUCUACAUCGGAAUGCAGCCUGGUCACAAUGCAGUCUAUCCAGCUCCAAUGGAGAGUGCAGCAGUAGCUCCUCCAUCAUACACACUACCUCCUGCUGCUAUGCAGAUGCCCUUACCCGGGCCGGCUUCCGGCUGCCCACCUGGACUAGAAUACCUGAUUCACCUCAACCAGCUUCUCGUGCAUCAGAUAGGGAGGGUGCAGCUGGCUGAGAUGAUUAGUGGCUGGGAGAUGAACAAUGUUUACACAGUCAAGAAUACCUUGGGGCAGCAGGUGUUUGUGGCUACUGAGGAAAAUGAUGUCUUCACCAUGCAGGCCUGCGGCCCAUCUUGGCCUUUCAUACACCUCUAUGACAGUUUAGGACAAGAAAUUUUAACUUUGGCACGUCCACUGAGGUGCACGAUGUGCUGCUUCCCCUGCUGCCUGCAGGAGCUGGAGGUGCGGAGCCCCCCGGGAAACCCAAUCGGUUUUGUGGAACAGAACUGGCACCCCGUUUUGUCCAAAUUUACCAUUCUGAAUGAGACAAGAAAUCUCCAACUGAAGAUCACUGGGCCAUUCUGUGACUGUAACUGUAUGUCGGAUACAACCUUUGAGGUGACCUCUUUGGAUGAGUCUACUGUGGUGGGACAGAUUCGUAAACAAUGUGGUGGCUUCAUACAACAAGGCUUUACAGACACAGAUAACUUUAUGAUCUCAUUUCCAUUGGACCUGGAUGUUAAGAUUAAGGCUGUGAUGCUGGGAGCCUGCUUCCUCAUUGAUUUCAUGUUUUACGAGAAUAAACCCAAAACAAUUGAUGAAAGAAAGUGCCAGCUUUUUAGCGUUGUGCCUAAAUGCCACAGAUCGCAUAAGCAGGGUUGACAAUAAUUCAAGAUCUGGGGCCUGAAUCAAGGUGACUCUUCAAUAG